GGUCUUCGUACCGUCAGAAAGAUGUAUGCUCGCAACGAAUGCGCGGUAGAACUGCAAAGCAAACUCGAUGCGAAAUAGAAAGUUUGGACUAACAUUGCACUCAUUUUCGUCUUACCGUUAUAAAAAUGUCAUCCACAGAUGUCUCCCCAUCGGCUACACCAAGUACAACACCACUGGUUGGAACUCAUGCACCAAAGUUUGGAACGGUCAUUCCCAGCAGAAUUUUUGUCGGUGGAAUCGCCGCAAAUACUGUUGAAGCUGAACUUAAACAGUUUUUCUCUGCAUUUGGUGCUGUCAAAGAUGCAAAGAUUAUUGCUGACAGAGCUGGAGUUUCAAAAGGGUAUGGAUUUGUCACGUUUGAAAAUCAAGAAGAUGCAGAUCGAAUUAUCAAGAAAGAGGUAUGUUUUGCCAUCUGUUAAUGUAAUUUAUAAUGC